CUGUGUCUCCUGCAGGACUGAAGAUCAUGAGCGCUCAACUCGACCGUGUUACUCCUCCUGAUCUCCGCGCGCACGAUCUCCGCGAGACCAAGAAAUAAAACACACGCUCUCUCUCUCUCUCUCUCUCUUUCUCUCACUCUUUCUCUCGUUCAUCAGACGCCGGGAAUAAAGCUUCGUCCACGCUUGGACUCCAAGUCUCACAAUUGCCCGGUUUUCUUGAAUUGCCCCUCUCUGUGAAGGUUCAAGGUGUUUAACAUGAUGCUCAUGUUUGGCUUUGGAUUAUUCAGCGUCGCUCUGAUGCUCUUUGUCCAGCAGCCAGCCGGCUCUUCUGCCAGCAGAAACCCGCAAGCAGAUGUGGACGAGUGCGCAGAGGCCCUGGACAGCUGCAGUAUGGAUGCCAUCUGUCAGAACACCCUCAAGUCUUACAAAUGCAUCUGCAAAUCAGGAUACAAAGGCGAUGGGAAGCACUGUGAAGAUAUCGAUGAGUGUGCCAGUGAAUAUAAUGGAGGAUGCGUUCACGAGUGCAUGAACAUCCCCGGAAACUACAGAUGCACGUGCUACGACGGCUUCCGCUUGGCCCACGACGGACACAACUGCCUGGAUGUUGACGAGUGCGCAGAAGGAAACGGCGGAUGUCAGCAGGUCUGUGUUAACAUGAUGGGGAGUUACGAAUGUCGGUGCCGCGACGGAUUUCUCCUGUCCGACAACCAGCACACCUGCAUCCAGAGACCCAAAUUGCGUUUUAAUGGAACUAAGGACGUGCCCACCUGCAUGGAUAAAAAUCAUGGCUGUGCCCACAUCUGCAGAGAGACGCCCAAAGGAGGCAUCGCCUGUGAGUGCAGACCUGGAUUUCAGCUCACCAAGAACAACCGAGACUGUAAAUUGACGUGUAACUAUGGUAACGGCGGCUGUCAGCACAUCUGUGAGGAGAUGGACCACGGGCCGAGGUGUUCGUGUCACAUGAAGUUUGCGCUUCACACUGAUGGGAAGACCUGUGUAGAGGAAAGAAGUACCCCUCAUCAGCCACUGCAGCCAGAGCUGUUACCCAAUGAGACGUGUGCAGUUAAUAACGGAGGCUGUGACAGCACGUGUCAUGAUGCCGUGACUGGAGUUCGCUGCAGCUGCCCGGUGGGAUUCACCUUACAGCCGGACCGCAAGACCUGCAAAGACAUUGACGAAUGCCGCAUGAACAACGGCGGGUGUGACCAUGUGUGCAGAAACACGGUUGGCAGCUUUGAAUGCAGCUGCAAGAAAGGAUACAAACUUCUGACCAAUGAGAGGACGUGCCAAGAUAUAGAUGAGUGUUCAUUUGACCGGGCAUGUGACCACACAUGCGUGAACUCACCUGGAAGUUUCCAGUGCUACUGCCACAAAGGUUACGUCCUCUACGGCGUGGCUCACUGUGGAGAUAUUGAUGAGUGCAGCAUUAAUCGGGGUGGCUGUAAAUUCGGAUGCGUGAACACUCUGGGCAGUUAUGAGUGUACCUGCCCUCCUGGUUACAAACUGCACUGGAACAGGAAGGACUGUGUCGAGAUCGUGAAAUGUACAUCCAAUCUGGUCGCCCCCAAAGCCACCCUUACUUGCAGUAAGACUGGGAAAAAAGAGAGCUGCUCUCUCACGUGUGCAUCCAAAGCACAUUACCUAUCAGAAUCAGACAACAGCUAUUCUGUCAGCUGUGGAAUACCCAUCCUACGAGGUAAAUCUCAGAGCAGAUUAAAUGCAAGCAGCGUCCAGAGCUGCAUAGAGACUCAGGCUCCUCCAGUGAAGCAGACGGCAUCCUUCCGGAUCAAGAACGCCAAAUGUCACCUGCACCCGAAGCAUAAAGGGAGGGCAGAGGACAACGGCAGACAGAUCGGGCCAGGUGGCCAACCGUGCAACAACUGCCUGGUCACGUUCGUUAACCUGAAGUGCGAUUCGUCUAAGAAGGCCAAAGGUCGUCGGGCACGUAACCCAUCAAGCAAAGAGGUCACGCGCAUCACUCUGGAGCUGGAGGCUGAGGUCAAGCCAGGAGACGCCACUGGGAACUGUAACAUGAUGUGUCAAAGGCAGCGCAUGGAGCAGCAGAUUAAAGCAUACAUUAAAGCCCUGAAAAAAUCCAUCAACCAGGAUCGUUUCCUCAUCCGUGUGGCUGGAUUGGAGUACGAGGUGGCACAGAAGGUCCCACAAGCUGGACUGAGGCAGGAGAACUGUGGACCGGGUCGAGAAAAAGACAGCGGCCGCUGUGUCAGAUGUUUGCCGGGGUCAUACUACCACGGUGAGCAGGAACGCUGCAUCCAGUGCCCACCUGGAACAUUCCAGGAACGUGAAGGUCAGCUGGCCUGUGACCUUUGUCCUGGAGGAGACCGCCAUGGCCCAACAGGGGCCCGCAACAUCACGUCAUGUGCAGGUCAGUGUCCACCUGGUUAUUUCUCCAGCGACGGGUUCAAGCCCUGUCAGCUGUGCCCCGUGGGAACGUACCAACCCGACCCAGGACGAACUCUCUGUUUCCCCUGUGGAGGUGGGCUCGGGACCAAAAGAGAGGGCGCCAGCUCCUUUAAUGACUGUGAGGUCAAAGUGUUGUGUUCUCCAGGUCACUAUUAUAACACCUCAGUUCAUCGUUGCAUCCGCUGUCCUCAUGGAACCUACCAGGCUGAGUUCAGACAGAACUACUGUAUUUCCUGUCCUGGAAACACCACCACAGACUUCGACGGGGCCAUCAGUGUGUCUCAAUGCAAGAAUCGGGAAUGUGGGGGUGAAAUAGGUGAGUUCAUAGGGUACAUCGAGUCCCCCAACUAUCCAGGAAACUACCCGGCCAAUGUAGAGUGCGUCUGGACGAUCAACCCUCCACACAAACGCAAGAUUCUGAUCGUGGUUCCGGAGAUCUUCCUCCCAUCUGAGGAUGAGUGUGGAGAUGUGCUAGUAAUGAGGAAGAACGGGUCAGCGGCCUCUAUCACCACUUACGAAACAUGUCAGACGUAUGAGAGGCCGAUUGCUUUUACAGCACGAUCGCGCCGCCUCUGGAUCAACUUCAAAUCCAACGAUGUAAACAGCGCUCGCGGAUUUCAGAUUCCAUACGUCACUUACGAUGAAGACUAUGAGCAACUGGUUGAAGACAUUGUAAGAGACGGAAGACUUUACGCCUCUGAAAACCAUCAAGAAAUACUUAAGGAUAAAAAACUGAUUAAAACUCUGUUCGACGUGCUGGCUCACCCAAACAAUUACUACAAGUACUCAACUCGGGACUCAACAGAGAUGCUCCCGCGCUCCUUCAUACGCCUCAUCCACAGCAAAGUCUCCGCCUUCCUGCGUCCGUACAAAUAAUCAAAAGCGCCAUCCGCCUCCACACACCUCCUGUCACCUGGCCUCGAGUCAAUAGGAUCCUACACACACAUUUAAAGGAAAUACACACACACACACACACAUUUUCAACGGCACACGCACAACCACACUAUGCAGAUGUUUCACUUUAACCUUUUUCUUUUCUUUUUCUUGUCAGUCAUCUCUGAGGGGAAAAAAAGCUUCUGUGUGGUCUACAUGUAACGCAGUCAUAUCGAGCCAAACCGAAGUGUUUUCUUUCUCUACGUGUCGGUCACCUUUCUGUGAUGUGUCGAUGUUUUGUUUUUUUAAUCGUUCUGUGGUUUGCACGCUCAGUCCUGAGGCAUCCCUAAGAGAAAGAUGAUGUUUGGGUGGUUCCCACACCCCCCGUUAAGAGCGACGUGUGAGUCUAAACACGCCUGAUUGUGUUGUACAGACUAAAGAAAGUUGUAGCAUGUCAAAGAGAAGAAAAAUAUUUUGCCGAACUGGAGCUAGCUGUGAUUGUGCUUUAAAAGUAGGCUUUUUUUCCCAAGUUCCAGCUCUCGUAAACUCGUAGUUCUCAAGAUAAAUGUACAAUCUUUUGUAUAUCUGUACUUUUAGUGUGCUCUUGGUAAGAUCUAAUUCAUAUCAAGCAUUUCACGAUGUUAAAGCAUUAUAUUUGAGCUCCUAGAGCAUACAUUUAAUCUCUAAAGGUCAUGCUGUUAAAACAGUAAUGUUUUAUUAAGGUCUAGCUGUUCGGAUUGUAUUAUUUUCAACUGCAUAUUCUUCAAUUUCCUAAUAUUCAAGUUAAUUUAACAUAAAGAGGCAUAAGAGAUAUGUGGGUUAUUGGAAAGGCUCGGGUGAUGAAAAGGUCAGUUGGUAUUGUAAAAACUGUUAACACUCAGUUCUGUGAAGGUUUUUUUGCAGGACAUGCAAUUGCUGCUUCUUCAGAAACGUCACUUUAAGCCUUCGGUUUUACCUAAUGCGAUUCAAUAAGUUUCCUACAGAGAAGAGCAGUCGAGGGGCCCAACUCUUUCACAGGUUGGAAGUAAUGUUUUCAUAAUGCAGACAUGAAUCACUGAUACACUGAUGAUAUGAAUCACAUAAACCACAGGUUGGAUGGACUUGAGUAAAAUAAAAAUAAAAUAUGGCUCCGCUCCACAUUUCAGGAUGAAAGGACAGUGUUUUGAGAUUUUGCACAAUAUGAAAGGACCCAAAGAGAAGCAGCAUAUGGGUUACAGAUGUUGGGUUUCACCAGAACGUGGUGAGAAGUGCCUGAAGUGCAAAAGGUGUCAGGAUAAACCUGUGGAUGUGGACAUUCAUGAGUGUUUCUUGUAUGAAUUAUGAACCCGUUUAUAGGUAAAGCCCUUCACCUAAAGUUAGAAAAGAACAAGGAGGUCAAACCAUACCCAGUUUGAUAUGUAAACACGAAAGGACUGGUCCAAAUGGUCAUUUACUUUUCUCUUUUUUUUGUAUAUUGUAAAUAUGAAAUAAACGUAGACUAAUUGGAGCCUGAGAGAUAAGUCCAAACACAAGUUGUUCUCCCGACCUUGUAUUUACCGUUGUGCUAUCCUCAUGUCCAAGGCUGACGCAAAAGAACUUUAAACAUUAUCACCAGAUACUUACUCUUUGCAAGUAUGCAAACGCUUGGCCAAUGUGUUGCAAGCACAUUGGUCCCAGUUGUAUAUAAACAUGCACUCUUGCAUUCAUGCAGUCUUUGGGCCUUAAAGGAAUAGUUCACUCAAAAAUGAAAAUUAGCCCAUUAUUCACUCACUAUCAAGCCAUCCCAGUCGUAUAUGGCUUCCUUUCUUUCAGAUGAAUCCAAUUAUAGUUUUAUAAAAAGGUGUUGCAUGCAUCGGUCCAAAAGAAGUGAAAUAAAGCGCAUCCAUGCAUAAUAAAAAAGUGUCUCACACGGCUCCGGAGAGUGAACGCAGGCCUCCUGUAGCGAAUCAUUGCAUUUUUGUAUGAAAAAUAUCCUUUUUUAAAACGUAAUAAUCAAUUUAAUCUAGCUUACACCAACAGUUUUACACAGAAGCAGUUCCGGGAGCAUGAUGUCAGCAUUGUGCAUUUGUUUUGAUCUCUCUGCUGCAUUUCCACAUUCGUCACUUCGGAGCGGCACAUUCCCAAAGCUAACCUCAUACGUCAUUCCCCCAGAGUUACUUCCAUAAAUUAAAUAGAUUAUUAUGUUUUAAAUACAGAUAUUUUUCUUACAAAAAUGCAUCGAUUUGCUACAGGAGGCAUUUUUUUCACCCCCAGGAGCCAUGUGAGGCACUUUUUAUUAUGGAUGGAUGCGCUUUUUUUCACUUCUUUUGGACUGAUGCAUGCAACACCCACUGAAGGCCAUUAAACAGCCUGGAAGAUCAAAGACCAUUUUUAAUAUAUCUACAACUGGAUUCAUCUGAAUGAAGAAAAUCAUAUACACCUAAUUUUGUAAUUAGGUGUAUAUGCAAAUUUUUUAUUUUUGGGUGAACUAACUUUUUGAAAUAAAAAAAUAAAAAACAUAAAGCUUGCUCUAUACAUCAACUUUGACUUGCUCAAUGAUAUUCUCUUCGCCAUCUCAGUAGUUCACCUAAAAGACAAAUCUCCCUGUAGUUUACACUAAUGAAGUGCUCAGAAUGCAACAUAGUACUUGCACAUUUCAGAAAACGGCAAUUAAUUAAAACAAGCUUUAAAAAAAUGCAUUUACAUAAUUGCGUAGAAUGUUUUGGGACCAUUUCUGUGCUGAAAAAAAAAGACCGUUUUGUGGUAUUGACUUUGCUGGCUCCACAUGGGAUCAAAUGCAUUUAACCGUAAUCUUUGCGUUUAAUCCAAAUCUCUUUUAAUUAAAGUUAAUCCAUCUACAGAUACACAUGGUUGUCCCACCCAGUUUUUUGUUUGUUUGUUUUUUGGUUAUGGACAGAAAAUGUUAACCCUGAAGACUAUAUCAUAAAAUCCAACUAAUCCAACAAUCCAAACUAAAGAGAUUGGAAUUUGUGUGAUAUUUGCAAAGGUUAUUUUACGAAGCAGUUAUUGACUUUUUAGGUAUUUUGUACAUUUGUCAGCUAUUACAUGGGUCACUAAUAUAAUUGUUUAAAUGUAUAAAUAUGAUAGUAUAGAAAGAUAGAAAUAAAAUAAAAUCUUGAAUUAACCCAAGAAGUGAAAUGUCAAUACUGCCCCACUCUCAGAAAUGAAAACUCAACAUCUAUUACUAAACAUGUCAUGUGUGCAGCACUGCGAGUUGGAUAUUUCAGUCAAAAAAAUGGAUGGGUCAUAUGUGAAAUAGCCAUGAAAUGAAAAGUUUGUGGCAAAGUAGUCAAUGUUUUGUUGAAUGUUCACUAAAAGAAAUGCAGAGUAUUAGCUACUCUAACUAGUCAAUGUCAUUGGCGGUCUGUGACUGCUGCUUUAUUUUUAUAAUUUCCCCUCUGUCUUUGCUCUACCAAACCCAUUUUAAACCAUGUUAAAUUUUUCUGAUAAAUAAUCCAUGUUGCUGUUUUAUUUUUAAUUUUUGUGUUGUUGUUGUUUUUUCAUUUAUCUUUUCUCCAUUUUUCUUUUAACCAGUGUCUUUUUGUUAGAGAAAAAUAUACUUUGCCACAAUGUUUCAUGGAAUGGGAAAUGGUAUUUGCACUUGAAAUUUGUUUAUGCUCAUGUAAAAAUGUCUGGAUUUUGUAUUGUCUUUUUAAAUGAAAGAAAUUGGUGUUCCUAAA